CUACACUUGUAGAGCGGCCUGUACGAUGAUGCUCAGCUAUGGAUUGUCGAUUGCGUUCCUCGCAACGGCGUACGCUGCAGCUUUGCCGUUGCAACGCCACAUCAACAAUCCUUCAAUCUCUAGCAUUGUAAUAUUCGGUGACUCGUUCAGCGACAACGGAGACGGUGCUGCUCGAGUAUCGAAUAAUGCCUGGCCUACAGACAAAUAUUACAAAGGUCGCUUUUCGAACGGCAUGGUCUGGGCAGAAUACGUAGCGGCUAACCUCUCAAUACCCCUCUACGACUAUGCGGUCGGAGGUGCAACGACUUCGAAUGAUCUUGUCCAGGGUUACACAGGCGCAAAGGGAGAUAUUGCAGUACCCUCUGUUAUCGACCAAGUUGUCUCCUUCUUGGAGAAGAUGAUGCCUCAAGGAGGAGCAUUUGAGGUGUCCGAUUCGACGGCUAUGGAAACCCCUCUGUUGGUCCUAUUUGCUGGUGCCAAUGACGUCUUGUUCAACGCCAAUAUCAGUGCUUCGCAGUCGUAUCAAAUUCUUCGCCAAGCCGAAGCACAGCUGCGCGAUGCGUACCCAAGUGCGAAAGUCUUAACCUUAUCGCCACCAGAUAUCUCCAGACUUCCGUAUGGCUUCUACUUGCAAGACAAUCUGGCAAGAAACCAGUUGCGAACUUUCGCCGACCAGCUAGGAGAACUACUCGACGGCUCAAAGACAGGAGCCGUCAACGUUGAUCUUCGACCGCUCUUCGACGACUUUGAGUACUAUGCCUCGCCUCGAGCGUACGGAUUCGACCCGCUGGGAAAGUACGGCAGUUGCCUCGAAGGUGCAUAUGGCGAGACGCCGAACGUGACGAUCUGCGGAGACCCAGAGAGGCGGGUAUACUGGGACGAAUACCAUCCUACAACUCAUACACACUCGUGGAUUGCCAAGGAGAUUCUAGACGUUCUGAGAGGACCGUUCUGAUUACCUCUUGUGGUUGAGGGAGCGAAAGUUCGAGUUCCGAGGUUGACGGUUUCGGCAUGAAUGAGAGAAUGCAAGUGUACGGGGGCAGUGUAGACGUUUUCUUGGAAGCGGUUUUACAGAAAGAGCGAUGAACAAAAGCGAGACAUUGGAUCAGACGAAAGAAGCAAACUCGCUGGCCCAAUACCAAGUUCCAGUUCCAACUUCGGCCCAUGACAAGGGGACCCUCGCAGGUCUGUCCUGAAGAGGUGGCGGCAUCCCUACCCUGCCAACUCCACUUGACCCGGCUAUUGUUGACACCAAUGGUCUGUGUCAAACAAGCACAGACGAGUUGUUUGCGAGCUGAGGAUAUUGUCUCCCGCCGAUUGCCGCUGACAUAGAUGCUUCCUUCAGGGGCGGAGUUCUUGGAUCAUCGUCAAGCUGCUCCGAAUACAGAUGUGCUGACCAUGGUGACAUGAAAGUUAGAUAGACUGAACUGGAU